CGAAGCGCUGUAGAAGAGCGGACGGGUCGAGUCCGCGGAAGAGAGUGGCAUGAUUGCCGGGUUGCUUCGACUGUCGCAUUGGAAGAGGAGAAGACGUACAUUCCAGAGGCCAUUUUGGCGAGCUGUUUCAGUCCCGGAUAAUCACUGCAGCGAUUGAGGUUUCUGGUAUAUGAGAGGAAGAGGGACGAAAGUCGAGGGGAGAAAGAAGGUCAACUUGGAUCGCUCUUCCAGAAAUUCGGGGAAGAUGCCGCCGGGCUUGGCGCUCCUCGCCGGCCGAGACAGUCAACCCACGAGGCUGGCAUGCAGAAGGUGCUACUGCAGGUAUAUAUGGGUGUAUGUCACAUAUCUGGACUCUUUCCUGGCUGAUAUUGGGGUUUUCAAGACUUUGAAUUGGUCAACAUAUACAAGUAGCUCUUAUGUCAUGUUGGGGUUUUCUCUGCGCUUUCUUCAGACAUCUGAUUGCGACUAUAUAUACCACUAGUAUAUGAAGUAGUCUCGUCUAUCGAGUCGUCCCCCAUCGCUGGACCAAGCUACGAGAGGGCGCGUAAAGC